AAUAUCGACCGGCUUGUUUGUGCAUAACAUCUCCGGAAGUACCAAGCUUUUCUCAGCAGACCAGCGCCGAGAAAAGCUUGGUCCAGACGGGCAUAUCGGUCAGCACAGCGCCGGGAAAUGGCUCACUCAGUCGUUGGUCACUGAACUUAUAGUGCGCUUACUGAACCAACGAAGCUUUGAGGGCAUAUACUCUAUAGUCAUCCUCGUGCCAUGCAUAGCGGAGAGCAAUUGGCGCACAGGGUCUUCUUGUUGAUUAUCAAGUCCAAGAUCUCACUACGGACCCGAGUUCUGACAUCCGAGGGUGGCAUUGGCUUGGAACAAGCACUUGUCUUGUUGGAUCGAUGGAUAUACUGCUAGGAUCCGGGAUUAUGACUAGCAACAUAUUCCAGGAUGCCCGUCUCCGCUCGAAACACAUUAGCGGCCAUGGCUGAUCUCUCAACAGCCCUGCUCAGCCAACUCGUCAAGGGUCUGGCCACCCCUCCCCCCAAUUUACCAUCGCCUGGCCCAGAUAAUAUUUCCGAAUCUGCGUUAACGCGCGGAGAGCCCCGGAUCACGGACCAGCGCCACUAACACGGUGCUGCUCCUGCUGCUAUUGUGCCCGCCCAGGUAGCUAGUGACGAGCAGCGAUAUACCUGCCUGCAGGCGCCUCUUCUUCCAUACGGUACAUUUCCUCUUUCUCUCAGCCUAGUCGCCGUGAGCCAAACCUAACGACGUCAGCUCCGGCCUCGUGGCCUCGCCUUUUCUUUUCUUCUUCGCAGGCCCUUCCAGAACAACAGAUUGUCCCGGGUCUCUAAGGCUGCGACUUCAACACACAGCCGACGCUCUUCUUGAAGUCACUCGUUCUAACUCGGCCAGUACUCCGAGCCGCAGAUACUCUCGCCUACCACUGGAACUUUGGACCCCAAAUAGACAUUCUAAGUCUAGAAGGAGUGCUGUCAGGUACAACGGUAACGGCCUAGAGCUUUGCUUAGCCGUUCCUGGUCCAAGCAUUGUAGUUUGGGAAACCCGCAAUCUAUUCCUAGUGUUAAACAAGGUGAUGAGCCGAAUAACUACUUCGGAGCAAAAAGGUCUCGGGUUACGCAGCUUCGCAACACUCAAGAUAUCCAUUUCGCAGAGACGAAUUCACACUGUUGAUUGCGGACUAGGACACUGGCGGCAAAGAUUGAAGGCUCCGUUGCAGGGUUAAUUGACAAACAAACGGCAUAUCCUAGCUUCUUCUUUCCGGGCAAAGCGAGAAACGGGAGUUUGCCCACUUUGUACUUGACGACCUGCAGCUUUCGUUCAACAGAGUUACCUUUAUGCUCGUUGACCGACGCCCCCCUAACGUUCAUCCCGUUGGGGGACCUUUUGAGGCUUCCUCGACAAAUCCUAGUAGAGGCUGGGCACCGAGAGGGCACCCAGCUAUGUCAACACCACAGAACGUUUAUGCUCGCUCGCCCAAUCUCUCAAACAGAUCCUACGACUCGUCUUCAGUCUCAUCUGCAACUUCCCCCAAAUCUUUGUCCCAGUUUGCGCCAGGGGCCAUGAGUACCAACCCACGCUUGAAUGUUCCGGCAACGCCCCAACCUAUUGGCAUCCCCCCUUUACCUCCAGUCAGUCAGGGCUUUCAAUCGUACGGCCCAAUGACCACAUCAUCUUCUCUUGGUCACGAUUCACUCGCUUCGAAUGAAUCUGUAGCCAGUACUCCGGGACCAUCAUCCGCCCACUUAACAGGACCAGGUGUUCAGGGACAGAAGAGAGCAUACCGACAGCGAAGGAAGGACCCCAGUUGUGAUGCUUGUCGAGAAAGAAAGGUGAAAUGUGACGCAACCGAGACGACAAGUUGCUCGGAGUGCUCGAGUCGAAAUGUCAAAUGUCAAUUCACCAAGGAGACGAACCGGCGUAUGUCGUCUAUCAAACAGGUGCAGGACUUGGAGAAGCAAAUGGAACGAGUGAAAAGGGAGAACAGUGGAUUGCGUCGCAUGCUUCAGGAUCGAGAAGGGCCCAUGGACCUCGAUGCUGAAGGAGGUGAUGAGAACAGCUCUAGCUUACCAGCCAUUGGAUCCGAACCGAAGCGACGAAAGAGACCGGCACCAGUUCCAGAGCUAGCGAGAGCGAGGGCCAAUGUACGCGAUUUCUCGAGAGGUAUCUGGAAACUCCCGGCCCAGUAUCGUGAACGAGCCCCUAUAUUCUUCGACCCCCCCAGACCAGAGCUACCUGCUAGGCACGUGGUAGACCAACUGCUGCACGCCUAUUGCAACUCGUCCCACUCCAUGUUUCCGAUCAUACACAUGCCAUCGUUCCGAUCUACUAUCAACGACCUCUACAACAGCAAUGCGCCCAACAGAAUGUCCCCAGCUUGGCUUUCUAUGUUCUUCGCGGUCCUGGCAACUGGCAGUCUCUUCAGUCCAAUGUCAAGCUCCCAGCCAAACUCCUUUUACGAACCUGCCGAAUAUCUUGAGAUGGCCAACAAGAUGAUUGACCCAUGGGCUAACGACUUUACUCUGGAACAUGCCCGGGCACUAACAUUAGUAACUCUCUGCCUGAACGAGAUGAACCUAAAGUCAGCGGCCUGGGGGUGGCUGGGUAGGGCUGUCCGUGUUUCCCAAGAUCUCGGCAUGCAUGUUGAAUCGGGGCCAUGGCCAGUGAUUGAAGGAGAGAUGCGACGCAGGACCUGGUGGAUGAUAUACAUACUGGACAGGACCUUGGCUACUGAGCUGAGCCGACCCGUUAUGAUCGACGACGACGACUGCGACGUGUCAUUGCCAGCCGGGGUUGACGAUCAAUUUAUCCACGAAGGAGGCAUGUUGGUACCUACGGGAGCGGAACCUUUGACUCACUCUCUGCUCGCCGUUAUCCAUGUUGUACGGUCGUAUUCGUCGCUUCUUACAGCACUGACACCCCAGUCGAUGUCAUUAGUUCACCUUUCAACCCUGGACACCCAUCUGAAGAAAUGCCUGAACACCUUUCCGCCAGCAUGCGAACCUUCGAGCAGCGUGCCCCUUGCACCUGGCUUUCUUGCUCCGUUGGCAUACCUAUUCCACGCUCGUCUUCUCCUACAUCGGCAUCAUCUCGAUCCUGGGUACCCCCUCGAGGCUCGGAUGGCUUCUCUUGAAAGCUGCACUCACAUUGCUCUCGAAACCGUAUCUCUACUCCAUCGAUUAAACGGAAGCCUCUUGGCCGACAGUGCAACUACCUUGUUGACCACGCACAUAUUUCGCUGUGCCCUAUUUCUUCUCCUUACAGGCUACAUAGACCCUGCAGUGACGGCUGUGAGAGCACUGGCUUCCAUCGAUCGACAAAGGGAUAUCACAAUCGCAUGCGGUCGUUACCUGUCGUUCUUUGUAUCCGCCUUGGCAGCCAAGAGAGUUGAAUGUACAAACUACCUAACAAGGAGUGCCCCGCCGCACUUUGGUUCUUCAAGGCCAUCGAUAGACCAAGCAGCUCUUCUACAGAUGCUGUCACGCGACGAGGAUUUGAUUGUAUACGUUUCCGCCGAUCUUCAGGCAUCAACUGAUGCCUCGUGGCUUUGGGCAGGCCUAGAGCGAGAAGUCCAUUUACACCAGUCCCCGUCGCCGUUUCAGCAUCCCACAUCGGCCACCAGAAACGAGUUAUUUAGCCCUGAGGCUCGUACGGGAUUGGACGAAGUCGACAACAAAGAAUGGGGUGGAUGGGCAAGGCUCGAGACGGCCAUUCGUGGACUGGAUGGUGUUCCAGCCACGACUCCGACCCCCUCGAGUGCAACUUGGACGCUACCUCCGCCCAUCAAGAGCGAGACGCCUGGCCCAGCGGUGGAACUCCCAAGGCUAGGCGAUGUAUCGCGUUUUGGGUCCGAGAUACCUAAGUUGGGCGAGGGAAGUACAACGGUGAGCCCUGUGGCAGGGGGCAGCAGGACACCGAGUGGAAGCGCAACCGCCCCAACUACCAGCAAAGAGCGGUUGAGUAUCGCCAAUAUUAUAUAAAGAAUUUGGCGGGGAAUUAUGAAAGCGAUUUUUAAUGUUUAUUCUAUGAGCCUUGUCUUCCUUGUCUAGUGCUGGAAGCUGGCUCACCUGCAAAAGUUGAAGGAACAAGGCGCAUAUAAAUAGCCUGGUUUUGGUGCAUUCUGUUUUGACAUGGCGUCCUGAUAUUUAAUUGCGUAUAGCUGCUUCCAGGCAGUGCAGUAUAGUACAGUACUGCCUGGGAGGAAUCUGUACGAAGAUACCACGCGCUGCAUGAGAUGAGUAUAGGAUUUUGCAUAGCACAGAGGCGCACCCGGCGUUGUUGGGACAUGACCCAUAGAGCUGUAUACUUUCUGCAACGGUUAUAAUGGAUACACGAAUUUACCGUUUGUGUAGUAGCACAAGACGUGCGAGACAAGUUUCAGCUUGAAUAUCCCAUCAAAACCGUUUCAUUUAUAUUCCGGUACCAAUUUGAAGAGAAAAGUGCGUGAACAUCGUUGUGAAUCAAGAAUAUGUCGGAACUCAGCUAGGCGCCCCUUUGCUCAAGUCCA